AGCCGGGUGUAGAGUUACGAUGGGAGUUCUCUUUUCCUCCGAAUCGCUGAGCAGGUCGGGUUUGAUCGCUAUCACAGCGCCGCUCCGUCUGUGGGCGGAGUCUGUUUCCAUGGGCGUUGCACAGAAAUCCAUCAGCGAAGCUUGAAACAAACAGAACACCUGCGUCGUUCCUUUUAGAAUUCGAACGGCACGGUCACGUUAUCUGUCGCGCUCUCUCUCUCCUUAAAGCUCACGCCACGCCCACAAACAAAGGCUACAGAACGGAUUAUAUAACAGACGCAGGGGGCAGUUUAGAUAAACUACCCCGAGCGUAUAGAGACAGUACUGGGGUAGUUUAGUUAGCCGUGCAGGUGGCUUCCUCCGCCUCUCUCGUAGAGCAGACGCAGGUAUCCAGUCUACUUCUCUCUGCGUGUUCGGUUUUAAAUGAACCGCUUCGCUCCUGUUUCGAGCUCCAGACAGCCGCUCAAUUUCUCCAAACCGACCCUGCUGACGUGAAACCGAGCGGACCCGAGAUUAAUUGGAUCUCCAGUUGCGCACUUCAGAAAAAAAAGUCAGUCAGCAGAGAAGGAAGGGAGCGCGCUAGUAUCCACUGACACAGAAACACGCUUCUCUCUCUCUGAUUCUGCCGCCGCUAAGCCAUGGCUCACCUGAUGAGGACGCUCCGCGACUCCCCGGCUGCCUUGCGGCGCAGAUUCACCCGCGACCGGACCGAGAGCCUGUCUCACGGGGACCCGCUGUUCAAGGUGCACUACCUGGGCACGGAGAAGAUCUACUCCCUUCAAGCUGAGCAAGCCGAGGAGGCCAUCGGCCGUCUCCUGCAGGGGGCGCCAGCGGGGAAGCUGCCCAAGGACCACGCGCUGGUGGUGCGGCCACGCUACGUGGAAGUCAAGGAGAUCUCCACCGGCAGGCAGCUGACCAAGACGUACCUGCGGGACAUCGCGUGCUGUGCGGCAGGAGCCACGAGACCCGACGUCUUCCUGUAUAUCUGCAGGAGCCACGGCGGGCAGCAGCUGCAGUGCAGGGUGUUCUGGUGCAGCAAGGAGAAGCGGGUUCGACAGCUGACGGGCUGCCUGGCUCAGUCCUUCCAGAGAGCGCUCAGUGACUGGCAGGAGAGCUCUGCGAACGAGGGGGAGGAGUCCCAGGGGGCGGGGCUACCCGGAGGCAUGCCUCCACCAGAGGGGCGGGCCUCUACCCUGCCAGCCAAUCUCGACAGAGUCAGGUCGCUGGAGGAAGAGGGCUCGCAGCUCCAGGAGUCUUUUGAAAGCGAGGGUGAAGAGGGGGUCGACUGGGGGGGAGUGAGCCGGGGGAGCGGGGGCCGGUCGGAGCUCCCCGGGGGGGAUUGA